UUGUUGUGGUAUUUUUUUAUGGUGCCCCUUUAACUGACUGAGUUUUUACAUAAAUCGUCAACUUUUGUAGUUUUAUUGCAAUUUAUAAGUAAGUUCUAAUUUUUAGUAAAUUAAAAAUUCUAUCUAUGAUGACGGAAGUUCUAUCUGUCGAAGAAAAUAGACAAGAUCGAGUGGAUACGAUCCUAAGAGGCUUUCAGAUAAAUUGGAUGAAUCUUCGUGAUGCAGACACAGGCAAAAUACUAUGGCAACAUAAUGAGGAUAUGUCCAAUCCUGAUGUAGAACAUGAAGCGAGGGUGCCCAAGAGAAUACUGAAGUGUCGGGUUGUCUCCCGAGAGAUGAAUUUUAGUUCCAUUGAAUCUAUGGAUAGGUUUCGUCUAGAACAGAAAGUGCUGUUCAAAGGUAGAUGUCUUGAAGAAUGGUUCUUCGAUUUUGGCUAUGUUAUAGCAAAUUCAACUAACACAUGGCAAUCAAUUAUCGAGUCUGCUCCGGAGUCACAAAUGAUGCCUGCAAAUGUGUUGAAUGGCAAUGUUGUGAUCGAAACGAAAUUCUUCGACGGUGAUCUCCACAUAACUACUUCCAGAGUGAGGCUGUUUUAUGUUUAAACUUGUAAUGUAAUAAAUUGCAUUUAUUGGAUUAAAUCCACAACUUUAAUGCAUUUAAAACACACAAAUUGUUCAUCUUCUUUUAUAUAUAUUCAUAUCAAUUCUACUAGUUAAUACAAAAUCACGAGCUCUUAACACUUUCCAUGUUUUUACACCAUAUAUUCAUGUAGUAAAUUAGAAAACCUAGAUAUAAGAAAAAAAAACUUUCUGUCAAUUAUUUCGGCUUUUUAUUAAUAUAAAUU